AUGUCGUCACAACAACUUCCACCCAACACAAUCUCUAUCAAACGAAAGCGCACCGAUACCCCCGUCGACUCCCUUAGGAUCGAGCACGGCGAAAAGGAAAUCAAGCGGCAGAGGAGUAGCAACUUCGCAUACAGGCGUCUCACAAAGCCGGGCGACGACGUCCAACAGACAUCAUCAGCACCGCCAACACCGACGCUCGCCCGACGAUUUCGCCUCGACCCCGUUUCAAGAAUUGGUGCAAAACGGCAUUUCGUGGAAGAACAAGAAGUCACCAAGAAGGAAGACAUACCGACAGGUGGACAAGUGCAAGCACCAGUACCAGAAGCUUUACCAGAGCGACCACGAAAGCGACCAGGUGCAGGCAGCGCACUCCACCACUCAGCGAAGCCUUCCAUACACCGGAAACCCCCUGUCACCGAACCCUCAGAAAAUGAUGUCCGCAACCUGGAGGCUCUGUCAAAAGAGGUAGAAAAAGUAGACAACCUCCAAAUUCCUAUCCCCUCUCCUUCAAAACACAAGCCCAAAGCUCCAGCAAAACGCUUUGCAGAACGACAUCCAGACAAGGCUGCAGCUCUCGCUGCCCAAGACAAUUCAACCGUCCAUGGCGAUGCAAUGGACAUUGAUAGCGAAUACGUAUACGACCAUUACGUCCGCGAACCCGUUCUACCAGACGCCCCAGCACCAACAGGCACAGUCGGUCUCUUGGUCAUCAGCGAAGAGGACGCAGACUGGUGGGAUAACGAAGAGACUAGCGACCGAGAAUUUGAUACCGACGAUGAAGAUGAGAAUGCCGAAGAUUACUACGCCAAUGACUAUCCCGAAGAUGAGAUGAGCGACGACGAUGAGUUUGAUCGGAAUCUGUAUCAGUCCAAAUAUCGUCAUGGAAGUGACGACGAAGAGUACAACAUUGAAGACGACGAUGACAAUGCGCUAGGAAGUGGCGAGGACGAGGAUGAUUUGCACUUCAAGAUGACGGUACCAAAACCACAGAGAGCAGGAUAUUGGGGUGUGCAAGGCGAGUCGUAG